AUGGUGCAAGGAGCCUUGAAAAAAGCCGGCCCCAGCGGUCCAGGCAGGAAACCCUCUAAGACCACAAGACCCGGCGUCCGCUCCGUGGCACCCAAGAAAGCGAACCUCAUCAAGAACCAGAAGUUGGUGAAGAAACUCACAUCCGGCCUCGUCGGAAUGACGGAGAAGAGUCUCGCGGUCAAGGCGGGACACUUGGAGUUGUUGGCUGGUGGAAAGAAGGAUCGUCUGCAGAAGGAGAGGACUCAGGCGCAGAAGAGUGGGACUAUGAAGGCGUCUUCUGGUCCUAAAAAGGCGACUUGA